AUGCCUUAUAACACCCGUCGUAAAUCGUUGUCCCUUCCGUCCCUUGGAAUACACGUCCCUGUCCACCGUUCGUCAACAAACAACCACAACACGCAAGCAAACAUGAACUCAAGAGCGCGACCUUCAACCGACGGGUCACCCCGUCCCAGCAAGAAGGUAAAGCGAUCGCACGACGAAUCUUCCGCCCCGCUCUCUAAGAAGUCUGCUUCGAUAUCAAUGCCAUCACCGUCGCUUGUCCACGCUUCCAUAGAGAUGGAUGAUGUAGAUGCGCUUCAAGUCAAACCUGUCAACCUAGACGGGAUAAACGAUGAGAUCGUAGAGGCUGUCAUUAUCCGGUUACAAGAAACGCGAAACCGCCCCCAGCUUGUCAAGGAUCUGGCUACCGUGCUGAUGGAUAAACUUCCAAUCGUUCAACAGUCUGCGAACCCAUGCGCUAUUAUCUCAUCACGGCUCGCUUCAUUUACAAAACGAGCUGGCUGGACUGCAUCCGCCCCGUGCCCAUUGGCGAAGGAGCUCGAGUCUGUUCACCCCAGACGUACAUACUUCUUCCUCACCACAUGUCCCCAUCUCCCCUUACCAGACCCUUAUUCUGCACAGCACAGCCCCAUCGACACUCCAUCAUUAUCUAGCUCGGGCUCUACUACCGAGGAUGCAGAAAAUGACCGACGUAGGGAGCUUAGCCUCUCGCCUGAGGUUGAUCUGUCGUCCCCUGAGUUUGAUGAGCUGGACGAUGACUACCCUGUACAUGGAACGUCGCUGGGCUCCGCCUCUCGGCGUCACCGCCAGAUGCACACAUCGUCGCGUUUUCCUAGAGCGGAUGAGCCCCCUCUAGAGAAAGACGAAAAGGAGUUCACUCAGACCGCCGAUGGUUUGCAGAAACGUAAGGCCCGUGGGGAGUUACUCUCUGCCACCCCUGCCGACCAGCUUGGCAUAGACGAUGGUAUGCAGAACGAGCAGCUCUUUGGCGAACCCCACCGAACCUUCAUCCCCACCUAUCUUCCACACAUGGCUUUCAUGACGAGUCCGGCCAUGCGCCCAACCUUGGCCAUACCAGCGCCUAUGAAGCGAGAUGGUGAGGCCGAGGGCUGGUCUAAACUAGACGCUAUGUUGGACUGGGACAAAAGUCCCGAGACAAUCGAGUUAGAAGAGCUCGAUUGUUUAUUAGACGACUUUUAA